AUGGGCACUGGCAAAAUUGCUGAAGAAGGCAUUUUCUUGAUUCCACAAGAAGCCCCAACGACUUCAGAAGAAUCGUUGAUAGAAACACAGAUUGGCGUUGGCGAGAAAUCAGCACCAUGUGAUCAUCAAAAUCGUAUUCCUCUGUUUGUUAUAUUCUUGUUGAGUUCGCACUAUUAUUUUCGUUCUCCUAAUGUGGAUUCGAGCAGUUCUACGGAAAAUCGAAUUUUCACAUCAAAAGGAGAAAGAGAUCUAGUUCCAACAGAACAACUUGAGAUGUUGCGAACGCACGUUCAAUACGCGGCAGCCAUCUAUUGUCCAAAAUCCGAGUUGGUAAAUUGGACCUGUGGCUCUCGAUGUGUUGGCAACGUUAUUGUGGAAGAUUUCUUUCACGAUGAAAUAAAAGGCGCGAGUAGGGAUUUCAUAAAUUGGGUUUACAAUUUGCGGUUCGCGCUUCUCGAUUACAAAUUUCCAGAAGUUGAAGGUGCUCUGGUACAUGGUGGAUUCUAUGAAACCUACGAUCGCGUAAAAAACUCAAUAUUAUGGACCAUUCAAUGGAUGAUGGCCCGAAAAGAAAAUUCAUGUCGAGGAUAUGAUGUUAUUAUAACUGGACAUUCUUUGGGUGGAGCAUUGGCGUCAUUCUUAGCGAUCGACGUUAAGCGUUAUAUCUUGGAUCCUAUAAUUGAUAAGAAAACCACCGGAACACCUUUCACCAUUCGCCUCACAACCAUCGGUGAACCACGCGUUGGUAACGAUGUGUAUGCAAAGAUCAUUCAGAAUCAACUAAUUUUAAAAAGCGACCAUUUCGUGUCAAGGUUGACACAUCGGAAUGAUGUGAUUGUUCAUCUUCCACCGUCUGAUAGAGGAUUUGUACAUCAUCCUCAUGAAGUAUGGGUGAAAAAACAUAAUGAAACUUACAUUUGUAGAGACAUCGUCGAAGGAGAACCAAUAGAGGAUCCUUCUUGUCUUGCUGGUGUUCCUUUUGUUGACUUCGGCCCACAUGUGUUUAUUUGGAAUACCAGUUUUACUCCUGCCUGCGUAUAA